AGUCAUCGUUGAACGUCUGAGUAGUGAAGCCAUGUAGUGAUACAGCACUACGCUACGAGAUAGAUGUUUCGAAGUGCUACGACUUAAUCUUGGAUCUUUUUGUGUGUGUCUUUUUUUCCCUUCUGCUCAUUCGAAUAAGAAACGCUGAGACUGUGGACUUGAAGUAACUUUUCUACAUCGAUAUAGUCGCAGCGGUUGUAACAGCAUUCCAAUCGAUUGUGUGUUUUUGUUUGCGCUGAUUCGCGGCUUGAAGAGAGUUUGCGUUCGAAGAACUCCAGAUUGGCGAUAGAAAAUUAUUCGACGUUGUGCGCCAUUUAUUAUUGCGUUGUUAUGUGAAUUUUAUUGUGCUGAACGAAGAGGCAAAUACGAAACAGAAGAGAGAGAGAGAGAGAGAGAGAGAGAGAGAAAAUCGAAAGAGAAAAGAAAAUAAAAUAAAAAUACAUUAGAAAAUUCAUUUGCUUCCGUUCAUGUUCUUUUCAUUGACCAAACGGUACUCGUCCAUAAAUUGAUUGUGUUUAUUUUGGUUUUUGUAUACAGUUUGUGUGUGAGAGUGUGUGUGGACUAUGGAGUGUGUCUAUCAAUAAGCAAUCCUAAUCGAAUUCCAUUCGAUACAGUGAUCGAAAUUCAAUUGCGAAUCGCCUAAAAACAAACACUUUUUCUUGGUCGCAAAUCAACAGCGCGCCGCUGCGGAACUGAAUGAAAGAAACAAUUGAGAAAAAAAAAACAUGACCAUAACCAAUAUCGAAAAUUAAUUUUUGGAAUACUCUUGCAGCUUUUGGAUUUGAAACCAACGACAACGACGACGAACAAAAACAACGUGAACGAGAAAGGAAAGAACGAAUGUGUGCAAAAAAGCUAUGCGAAGUGAAUCGAAUUGCUGCCAAACUGAUUUGAAAUUUUUUUUGGAUUUGACGCGUACCGUGUAUGGUGCAGUUAGGCAGACAGCGUAAAAGAGAGAGAAAAGUAAAGAAAAUACAGUAAGCUAAUUUUGCGAAUUGUGUGUAUACGAUUCAAGUGGGUGAAUCGAAAUUAUACACGACCGCGUCGAGAAGUAGAAACACCAUGGCAUUACUUUUGCGCAAAGACGUUCAAAAAGCGUCGUACUAUGUGUGGUUUUUGGGAGCUGAAGAGUCACGCGCAUUGCGCGGUUCACGCAUUUUGAUGUCGGCCAUACCCUAUAUUGUGGAUCGAUCGCAGGAAAUCGACCCAAUCAAAGUAACACUUCAAGUAUCGCACAAGGGCAUGAAGAUUGUGCAGGGUUCGUCGAAACAUUUCAUUACUCACUCUGCGAUCACAUGCUCUGUUCAAACAGAGGAUAUGGUUGCUUGUGUUUUACUGCUAUACAAUCCGAUAACCAAGUGUCCGUUGCACAUUCACGCCUAUCGCUGUGACUCGGAAUCAACGGCUCAAGCCUUGAACCAACAGUUACAAGUGCUUAUCAAUCGACCGGAAAAUCAAAAACGUUUUACUGAAUUGGAAGCACGGUUGGGCUUAUCAAGCAGCUCACCGAAUGCUAGAAAUUCUCUUCCGCCGGUGCCAUCAUCGCAAUCAAAACCAAACGUAGCAAAAGAAGUGAAACGCUCCCAUCAUCGAUCAACGGAUGAACGGCAAACGGUACCAUCGUCGUCUAAUGUGAACGGCGGCGGUGGCAAACGAUUUGAUUCGUCAUUGGGCAGUAGCGACACAGGCACUAGCACACGUGAAUCGGAUGAAGGUAGCGAAGAGCGGAUUUCAGUUGAUUUAUCGCCAACACAACCGUCUAUAUUCGAUUCGCUUGCGGCUGAAUUACGUGCAAAAUUAAAUGGAAAUGGGCCACCGUUAUUGUUGCCACCGCGCGAUUACGAUACUAUGCAUCGUUCAAAGGGCAAUUUAGCUGCAAUCGAAUUACGUCGCUGUCGCAAUAAACUAAUCGUCGGCGCCACAAUUCCUGAAGUAACCAAAAAGCAUGGUAUUUCUUCACGCGGAUCGUCUGGCAUUGGUUCAGAUUUAGCACCAAGUCCCGAGCGGCAAGAAGGACAGAGCUCUUCAGAUGACGAUUGGAUGCUAAAGAAGCGUGAACCAGAGUUAAAACCAAGUUCUACGUCGUUGCAUCGGUCGAAAGAAAAGGCACAGCCAAUUGUGCCAGCGCAACGCAAUGAAAAACCACCGUCGUAUUUGUAUCCAUUGCAAAAGCCAGCUUAUAUUAUCCCAGCAAGCAAAAGUUCAAGAGAUUAUGGAGAUAGUGACAAUGAGACAACGGAUUCGCCUCCAACACCGCCGAAAGAGGAGGAAAUCAAACCGAAAUUGGUUCGACCACGAAAUUUGGACGCUCAUUUCAAGCAAAUCUUGAAUGAACGAUACUUGGAAGAGAAAGACAAUGACAGAGACCAACAGUUGAGUAAUGACGAACGAUUCUUUAAGAACGACAGUGUUCCUGUUCACUAUGACCGUAGUAUGGAAAAGAAGAGUAAAACACAUGGAAGCGGCUCUGAAUUGAAACAUGUUCAACGAACAAAAAGUGCUCCGCUAAAAGAUGUGGAUGAACCCGAAGAGACUCAUCGGUAUCGGUAUCAUGAGUCGAAAGGUGGAUACAAUAACAAUAACAAUUCGAGCGAACGAGUUCGAAAGAGUCGUGACAGUUUUGAAGACGAUAGCCAGCAUGAAUACAGUGAAAAUUUGACCGACAAGCAAAAAUAUCAUCAAUCAUUGAUGAAGAAACAACAAAAUCCUCGUGAAUAUUACGACGAUGGAUUCCGUCCGAAAGAGCCCCCAAUUUUGCGUGAAUUGAAAAGCUCGCACCGUAAUGAACCGAUCAAAUCGACCAAACCAUAUUACGAUAUGGAUGAACGUACGAUUGAUAGUAAAAAGUAUCGUCAUAAAUUAAAACUGCCACCGCCACCACCCGCCGAAGGCUACGAUGAUGAUUUCGACCGGAGGCCAUACAAGGAGCCAGAGAUAAUGCCGUAUCAUGAAAAGGUUGAGUGUAUGAAAUCGCCAGUUAUGCGAUACAAGUCAUAUGAUGAUAGCGAAUAUCGGGACAUUGAAUGCGAUGAUGAGUGUACAAGUGAUUGUGAAAAGGAUUUUGCACCACCGCCACCGCCUCCGCCUCACUCAUACCCCACAAAAUAUCGUGGAAUGUAUGAACCAAAUGAAAAGCACAGCGGCAAUCGACAACGUUACAGAGACAUGAAACGCGGUUCGCCAGAGAUGAUUCAUGAUGGUCCAAAAGAGAGGUAUGAUCCAAAGGAAAGGCACCAUCAUCCAAGCGACAACUAUAGACAAAUGGAUCGUUAUCGUCAAGACAUUGAACGACCACCAUACCCAAUGGAAAAGUCCAAUCAUUCAAGACGAAUGGUACCAAUGCCACGGCCUGAUUUCGAUAUGAUACCACCACCACCGCCGCCCAAACACUAUCCACCACGUCAAAAUUCGAUGUCCAACGUUGAUUGGAGUUCCGAUGAAGAGUUUGGACGAUCGUCACCAUCGAAUGUUCGAAUCAUUCCCAGAGAACACUAUGAAAAGAACUCACGCAUGGCACCAUCGAAAUCACUUGGAAACUUAGCCAAAGGCUAUCGGCAUAGCUACGCUGAGCCACCACCACCACCUCGUGGCCCAAUGCCACGGAACGGUGGCCGAGUCGGAUUGGCAGCUGUGCAACCAUAUUGAUUUUUUUCUUCUUCUUCGUCGCAAUAAAAAAAAAACGUCACAAUCUAUUGAUGCCAUUUAAUUAUUAAAAUUUUGAAUUUUACUCUUAGCGCAACAAGAAAUCAAAUUGCAUGUUUAAUUUAUUGUCAACUUUAUUAUACAAAUUAUCACCGUUUCGUCCAGUGUUCGUCUCUGUAAAUAGUGAAAAUGAAAAUUUGACAAAAACAAAUACUUUUUUGCUUUUUUGUUUUAAUUUUUUUCUCUUUAUUUUUAUUAUUUUUUUUUUGUUAUUCAUUAUAUGAUUGAAUUUGUUGAAACGUAUUUAAUGCGUUUUCGGAAUGAUUUUUUUGAAAUACUGGAGCAAUAUUACACCAGUUAAAAUUUAUUAUAUCUAGAACAUUUACAGUGUAUUGAGCUAUAAUUACAAAUAAAAAAACAAAGCAUAUUAUUCAAA